CGUCCAUUUUGGGGUGAACUUUAACCCUCCUCAGCGUUGCAGACGGCAUGAUCGAACAACAAACCCGUCAGAAAUUCCCGCCAGUUUCCACAAAAAAUAGUCGUUUUAGGCCCAAAAUAACCAACAUGUAACUUUCUUCAGGAUUUUAGGGAAUCUUUUGACCAAAGCUGUUGAUCGGGCCCGUCAUUUUUGUGCCAAAAAAUCGUCCGAAAUAAUCCGAUCAAGCUGCAAGAUGGCAGUGCCACAACACCAAACCCCAGCUGCUGUGCCAUGGGAAGACUUUGUCCACAUAAACCUCCUCCAGUACGGGGCAGUCAAGGGCGUGGCCCUCUUUGGUUGUCAUGGAAACCUGGUCUACUCCCAGGGCUGCCUCUCCGAUGGGAGGGACAGGGAAUUGUGGGGCCAGGUGAAAGACUUGUUCACCAAACUACCACCUGAAGAGGAGCGUCAGGUGAACCGAGUCCUCACCAUCCCUAUGGGUCAGAGGUCAGCCAACUUCCGGAUCUACCAGAUGACCGAGAACAGCGCAUAUGGAACAACGGAGAGACAGCGACACGGGGUCGUGGUGUGUCACCUCCCGCUGGGGAUCCUCGUGGCUCUACACGAGGAAAGGUUUCCCGCCAGCAAGGCGGUCUCCGUGGUCGAGAAUUUUUGUGGUCUGUUAAGAGCCUGAUUUAUAACUACAAGC